ACACAAAACCGUGGUCACAGUCAUUCAUGGCUACGCAUUACACGGUUUCCCUCCAUGCCGCGUACGUAGUGUGUUGCGAGGAGGAAUCUAAAUACAGCACUACAGAAGCUUUAUUAGGAUGGUGCAUCAUCUUGGAGGGCGAUGAGUUUGAGUCUCUUUUAGCAAGUUGGUGACCCAGCCUCCUUUUCCUCAAAAGUAAUCCAUCGAAAGUUGAGACCAGUUGCCUGUGUGCCUGCAUCACUUGGACUCGGGCUCAGUGAGACGCUUGAAGUUGAGGUAUCUUGAUUCGGAAUUCAGAUUAGGGUUUUUGGUGUGACGAGGAGAUCGAGCUGGUUUGAAGUCUGCCGCAGAAUGGCGUCAAAGAUGAAUAGAAUGCUGUCCAGCAGCAGCAGGAUGGGAUCGCAGGUGUAUCCGCAAGAGCCGACACCGAUGCAUUUCACUCAGUUGUUCUAUCCCAAAGCUACUGCAAUGCCUCCUCCUGCUACACAUACUAAUCGUUGUCGUCGCAGGGGUUGCGGUGGUUUGGGGUGUUGCUGUGCCUCUAUCUGCGCCACAUUGUGCUCUUUACUGUUUACUCUUGUUUUCAUCUUAGGUUUGGCGGCUUUAAUCGCCUGGCUGGUUCUGCGGCCCAUUUACGCACCGAAAUACUCUUUUGGUGAUUUGCAAAUCAAGACGUUCAAUCUUACGCCGCAGAACACCUUGAAUGCGAAUAUAGUGUACAACAUUAUGGCCAGCAAUCGGAAUGGAAAGAUCGACUUUAAGCACAAUGCGAUCGCCGUGCACACUUCCUAUGGAGGGCAAGUCUUCGGGCAGGCGUCAAUCCCAGCGUUUUCUCAAGGUCACCGGAAUGUUACCACAUUGACGUCGGAGUUGGUUGUCAACAACUUCGAGUUCGUCCCUGCAAGCCUUGGUACCGCAUUAGCUACAGAUGUGAACCGCGGCAGUGUGGCUCUGCAUGCCAGAGGGAGCGCGAAGGUGCGAGUUAAAGUUGGAGCUAUUACGUCAUUUGCUGUUAGGGUUCGUGUGGACUGCGAUUUCACCGUGAAGCCUCCUACAGCAACCUCUCCAGGCAGUGUGCUCAACAAAACAUGUGUGGUCAGCAAAUGAGGACGAUCCUUAUAGCUAGUUGUAAUUGUUUGUAGGAUUGAUCAUAUUGACGGAGUUUCGUCCCACUUGAGAGAAGUCAGUGCCGUCUGAUCGGAGGGUAAGCUCUCCGGGGAUCAAUUUUGUCAGCGUCUGAUUAGGUAAUCUUGUAGGUGUACAUCAUUCUUUCAGUUGGAACAAAGGUUCCGACGGCCUUGUAAAGGAUUUUUGCCAAUACAGCUCUUGAGGCUGUGACCAUGUGUCCGGAUGUUGCAAGAGAUGUUUUGACUGAGAA